ACAUAAAUGUGGAAACUGCUACUAAUUAACAAUUGAAAAAAAAUAUUUUCAUAUUAGUAAGUAAAGUAUCUUAACUGUGUCUCCGCAUAAACACAAAACGAACUGCACAAAAUUAACGUUAAACAGAAGAGAAAAUUAAACCAUAUGCGUUCUAUCUGCGCAUGUGCUCCAUCUGCUGAUCAACGUGUGUUACUGCAGAAGCAACAAAACUUUGUUUCAUUCAUUUAACGUGAGUGAAUUGUGUAAAUUUGAAAAUUACUUUUUAUAAAUUGUCAAAACAAAUAUUUUAAUUUUAAUGCACAAACUUAAGAUAAUUAUAUAAUUCUAAUUUAUUUACAUUCUAUGAACCAAGGACAGCCGUGUUUCAUUUUCUUGAGUGUGUCCCGGAUGUUCCGGGAGUCUCCUGCAUAUUGAUAGCAGCUCCCUGAUGCCUGCAAAUUACUUACAAUCUCCCAGAAUCUAGAGCAAGCGAGCAAGAGCGUGCAUGUUUGACAAAGAGGGAGGGGGAGCGAGAGACCUUGCCUGUGUGUGCUAGUGUGUGUGUGUGCCCCAUUAAGCGCUUAUAAGACAGAGAGCGUCCUAUUUGGCCUGUUUCAGUAAGUCAGCCAAUCAAUUGUCAGUGUGGGCGGGCUUUUAUCUCUUCUCCCAAAACCUAAUUAAUCAGUGUAUCUAGAAACAGAAGUACCAUAAUGGCCCAUGGCAGAGGGAGAGAGCCACAAAAAAAUCACAGUAUAAGACACAUUUUACACCAUCAUGGCCCAUGGCAGAGGGAGAGAGCCCCAAAAAACACAGUAUAAGACACAUUUUACACCAGACUACACAAAAGUGUCCCCCUGUCUUAUAAGCGUUAAACAUAAUGAUGCACACUGUACACUUUGUAACAGUGACUUCAGCAUUGCCCAUGGUGGGGUAAAUGAUUGUAAAACACGUGUUGACGUGUUUUUAUUGGGUCACACUUAAUAAAACACAAAUAAUUGGGUCACACUUUACAAUAAGGUUCAUUAGUUAACAUUAUUAUCUAUUAUCUAUUAUUAGUAACUGUAUUUCGGUAUACAAGUAAAGUCAUGUUCUUUGGUGAAAUAUCAUAUACUUGUCCUCCUUCUAUUUAUUUAUUUAUUCAUUUAUUUAUUUAUUUUGGCGGGGGGAUGCACAUAUGACAUGCACACAUCACCAUAAUACACCAUUGUUGGACAUAUCUCGAAAAAAUAUAGAUAAUAUGUUUACUAGCAACACAUUGUGCGUUCAAUUUUUCAGUACAUAUUUUGUGUUAAAUUCAAUUCAAUUAAAAUAUAUUUGUAUAGCACUUUUUACAAUUGACAUUGUCUCAAAGCAGCUUUAAAGAACAUAAACAUAGAACAAAAGUUAUUAUAAAGAAUAAUAUAAAGAUUAAUAUAAUACAAAAUUUAAAAAAAGAUUAAUAUUAGAUAUAUUUAAAUGUGUUUGUAUUUAUACCAAAGGAAGUCUGAGGUGACUCAGGUGACUGUGGGGAGGAAAAACUCCCUUAGAUGAUAAAGGAAGAAACCUUGAGAGGAACCAGACUCAAAGGGGAACCUCAUCCUCAUAUGGGUGACACUGGAGAGUGUGAUUAUAAAUAUACAGUCUGACAAAUUUUGUCAACACAUACUGUGAUCUUAGUAUGUGUUGUCUCUGAACACAAUCAGGACAUUUGUAUUUAAUCAAUUUGUUUCAAGAGUUUGUGAAAGAACUAUUUUACUCAUUGUUAGUUUUUCAACUCCCUCCGAAUCACUAAAGCAGACGGCUCAAAGAGUCGACUCAUCCUGAAACGACACAUGACACAUGACAACGACACCUGAAACGACACAUAUUUAUUUCGAAAGUAAUAGUAGGUCUCACUCUAUGUUUCGACUCCAUUUUAAGAAGCCUUCAGACAAGUUAAACAUAUUUAAUGCGGCAGAAACUGUGACAUUAAUGUCUCAGAACAAGGACUUUACUAACGGAGUGUGAUCCAUUCCAUCAGAAGAGAUCAGAUUCUUCAGGACUCAGCUGUGUGUUUGUGUGUAAACUUUACUAAUGUUUAAAGAUGGAGACUCCUGAUCUGGACACAGAUAAUGUUUCUACACCAUUAAACAACUGUAAACUCCAGAGAAAGAGAUCAGACUCACCAACAUACAGCUGUAUCUCCAUGAAGAGUGACCGGUCUAUGCAUCGUCCUCUGAACUUUAAAGAUAGAGUCUCAUCACUUCUACACAGUAAACUCCAGAGAAAGAGAUCAGAAUCACCAACACUCAGCUGUAUCUCCAUGAAGAGUGAUGGGUCUAUGGCGGUUCCUCUGAAGUUUAAAGAUGGAAAUUCAUCAUUUCUACACAGGUUUCCUUCAGGUUCUCCAAUUUCCUCCCACCUCCCAAACACAUACCAUGUUCUACAGAAUAAAGGAAACAGAACAGAAACGAAGAUCACAGAUACAGGGCACGACCCAGAAUCUGCUGCUGGAAAUGAGGCCCAGAAAAAGUUAAAAUUAAAUCUGAUGAUGAAGUUUCAGUGUUUGAAUGGAGUGAUGAUAAACCUGGGAACCCAAACACUCCUGAAUGAGAUCUACACAGGGCUCUACAUCACAGAGGGAGACAGUGGAGGAGUCAAUAAUGAACAUGAGGUGAGACAGAUCGAGGUAGCAUCCAGGAGAAGAACAACAGAGGAAACACCAAUCAAAUGCAAUGACAUCUUUAACCCUUUAUCUGAACAAGACAAACCCAUCAGAACUGUGCUGACAAAGGGAGUCGCUGGCAUCGGAAAAACAGUCUCUGUGCAGAAGUUCAUUCUGGACUGGGCUGAAGGGAAAGUAAAACAGGAUGUCCACUUCAUAUUUCCACUUCCUUUCAGAGAGCUGAAUUUGAUGAAGGACCAGAAACUGAGUCUGUUGGAGCUCCUUUAUGUCUUUUUUAAGGAAACAAAAGAAACAGAAAUGUCCAGUUUGGAAAAGGUUCUGUUCACUUUUGACGGAUUGGACGAGUGUCGUUUUCCUCUAGAUUUCCAGAACACAGUGAGAGUGUGUGAUGUAACUGAAUCAGCAUCAGUGCCUAUGCUGCUGAUAAACCUGAUCAAAGGGAAUCUGCUUCCCUCUGCUCUCAUCUGGAUCACCUCCAGACCUGCAGCAGCUGAUCAAAUCCCCUCUGAGUGUGUGGAUCGAGUCACAGAGGUACGAGGGUUCAAUGACCCACAGAAGGAGGAGUACUUCAGGAAGAGGAUCAGUGAUCAGAGCCUGGCCAAUAAUAUCAUCACACACCUGAAGUCAUUAAGAAGCCUCUACAUCAUGUGUCACAUCCCAGUCUUCUGCUGGAUUUCAGCCACUGUUCUAGAGAGAAUGUUGGGUGAAGCAGAGCGUGGAGAGAUACCCAAGACUCUGACUCAAAUGUACACACACUUCCUCAUCAUUCAGACAAACAUCAUAAGAGAAAAAUACUCAAAGAAGCCAGAGAGUGAUGAAGAAAUGCUACUUAAACUGGGACAACUGGCUUUUCAGCAGCUGAAGAAAGGGAACCUGAUCUUCUAUGAUGAAGACCUGAGAGAGUGUGGUAUUGAUGUGAGAGAAGCAGCAGUGUACUCAGGUGUGUGUACUCAGAUCUUCAGAGAGGAGUUUGGGCUUCACCAGAGUAAAGUGUACUGCUUUGUUCAUCUGAGCAUUCAGGAGCAUCUCGCAGCUCUGUAUGUGCACCUGACCUUCAUGAAGGAGAAGAGAAAUGUUCUUAUACAGAAGCAAUACUCCUACCGGUGGAAGAAAGAAAGUAGAAUAUCACAUGUACACAAGAUUGCUGUAGAUCAGACUUUACAAAGCCAGACUGGACGUCUGGAUCUUUUCCUUCGCUUUCUUCUGGGUCUCUCACUGGAGUCCAAUUGGAAACUGUUACAUGUUUUAGUAACAAAGACAAAAAGUAGCUCGAAGAUCAUAAAGACAACAGUUCAGUACAUUAAGGAGAAGAUCAGUGAAGAUCUUCCUACAGAGAAAUCCAUCAAUCUGUUCCACUGUCUGAAUGAACUGGGUGAUAAUUCUCUAGUGGAGGAAAUCCAACUCUACCUGAAAUCUGGAAAACAAAGUGAACUUUCUUCUUCACAGUGGUCUGCUCUGGUGUUUGUGUUACUGACAUCAGCACAGGAGCUGGAUGAAUUUGACCUGAGUAAAUAUUUCAGUACAGAUAAGAUAACAGAAGAUGUUGUUCUGAAGAUGAUGCCUGUGAUUGAAGCAUCCAGUAAAGCAAUUAUCAGCUGUGAUUCACUUGGAGUGGAAAGUUGGUCAUCUCUGGACUCAGCGCUCAGAUCAGAAACCUCCGAUCUGAGAGAACUUCAUCUGACUGUGAAAACACUGUAUCUGUCUGGGAAUAAUCUAGGAGACUCAGGAGUGAAGAGUCUCUCUGCUGGACUGGAGAAUCCUCACUGUAAAGUGGAGACACUGAGUUUGUGUAAUUGUGGUGUCUCAGAUGAAGGCUGUGCUGCUCUGACUUCAGCUCUGAGAUCAAACCCCUCACACCUGAGAUACCUGGAUCUGUCUGAUAAUAAAGUAGGAGACUCAGGAGUGAAGAUUCUUUCUGCUGUACUGGAGAAUCCUCACUGUAAACUAAAGACAUUGGGGUUGCGUAAGUGUGGUGUCUCAGAUGAAGGCUGUGCUGCUCUGACUUCAGCUCUGAGAUCAAACCCCUCACACCUGAGAUACCUGGAUCUGUCCUAUAAUAAUCUAGGAGACUUGGGAGUGAAGAUUCUCUCUGCUGUACUGGAGAAUCCUCACUGUAAAUUGGAGAAAUUGAGGUUGCGUUUGUGUGGUGUCUCAGAUGAAGGCUGUGCUGCUCUGACUUCAGCUCUGAGAUCAAACCCCUCACACCUGAGAGAACUGGAUCUGUCUGAUAAUAAACUAGGAGACUCAGGAAAGAAGCUGCUCUCUGAUCUUAAGGAUGAUAAACAUUACAAACUACAGACACUGUGGUUCCAAUGAAUAUCUGUGUGUGAUGAAGACUCCAGUGUUCCUGCAUUACCAUGAUGGAGAAUAGAGAACAUGUUUAUUAACACAUCACUCAUUUAGUUCUAUCACAUUAAACAGACUCAGAGAUGUGAGAAGUGUGUGUUCAUCGUGUACAGUGAAUCAGACUAAACACAGUUCUACACUGAGUGUAUAAUGACCUCUGAUCACUGGAUAAAAUUCCCUGGAUCUCAAUCCCAUAAAAACCUGAGGGAUUAUUUGUAACAGCAGGUGAAAAUCCACAUGAACUCGAGCUGAACCCAGUCAGUGGAAGAGAAAUAUAAUGGACAGGAACAGUUUCAUGACAUUGGUGGAUUUCUCACCUGAUAGGAUUGGAGUUUAUCUGAGGAGUUUAUCUGAUGAAGCCCAUAGGAGACUCUCUACAAGUCACAUUUAUCACUUUGUUCUUUGGGCAAUUAAUGUUCCAGUGAUGUUAUACUAAAUAUCAGAACUCUUCUAAUCAAAUCAAAUUAAUGUUCCACCACUAACUGUUGUAUAAUGUAGUUUUGAUGGUUUGUGAUUUUACUGUUUGUGUGAUU